UGAGGCCGCGCGAAUGCAGACCAAACCUGGUCCGCUGGACGGGCGCACCAUGAGGCUGCUGAUCUUCCUGGGCCUGCUGUGGGGCUCGGCAGCCGCGCCCAAGGGCCCGCAGUGGCCCAGGCCCGUGUUUGGGCGCCUAGCGUCGCCCGGCUUCCCGGAGAAGUAUGCCAACGACCAGGAGCUGCACUGGGCCCUGACGGCACCCCCGGGCUACCGCCUGCGUCUCUACUUCACCCACUUCCACCUGGAGCUGUCCUACCUCUGCGAGUACGACUUUGUGAAGCUGAGCUCGGGGACCAAGGUGCUGGCCACGCUGUGCGGCUGGGAGAGCACCGACACGGAGCGGGCCCCGGGCAACGACACCUUCUACUCGCUGGGCCCCAGCCUGAACGUCACCUUCCGCUCUGACUACUCUAACGAGAAGCAGUUCCGGGGCUUUGAGGCCUUCUACGCAGCCGAGGACAUCGACGAGUGCCAGGUGGCCCCCGGGGAGGCGCCGCCCUGCGAGCACCAUUGCCACAACCACCUGGGCGGCUUCUACUGCUCCUGCCGGGCGGGCUACGUCCUCCACCGGAACAAGCGCACCUGCUCAGAGCAGAGCCCCUAGGCCCCCGGGCUCCGGUCUGCAGCGAGCCCCGCUGGCUGCAGCUCUGGGCCGGGCGAGACCGCGGCUGCCUGCACCCCUCAGCCACCCACAGAACUGACAAUAAACCUGGCUCCACCUC